AUGAGUGGAAGGGAUCUGCAAACGUUCAGUACAAACUACAGAGCCGAAGAUGUGGAAAAACUGACACAGCGGAUGAAAUAUGGUCUUGGCAGCUCAAAGUACAAACCAGCUGAAUACAAAAGACUUCAAGCUAUUGUUGAUGCCAAACGCCUGGAGUCUGAUCUAAUUGGAUUAAAGGUUCAGAAGACUCGUUGUGCAGCCAAGGCAACCAAGGAGAGCUCCAUAUUACGGCAGCACAGACAGGUGUGGAGAAGAGAGUGCCCCCGGCAGCAAAAGGCUGAGGAGAAGGCUGAGAAUGACAUCCAUGAUUUUCUAGAACAGAUCAGGCCAAAUAGUAGAACAGAUACGGCUAUCUUCUCACUUCAAGAUUAUGGGCGACUUCUGGAGAAGGAGCAGGAGGCAUUCAGGAUAGACACUGUGGAGCCAGUUCAUCAGCUCAGGGAUGACCUGCGCUUCAGACUGGGUGAACUUCAACAUCUGCAGCUCACUGCCCAUCCAUCAAACUGGGAACAAGUGAUACAACAGAUAAACUUUGUGAAGGACCAGCAAGAUGACGUAACUGAAAAACUUCAAGCAGAGUACCUGGCCCUGGAGGGAGAGAUCAUUGGCCUUGGCUUAGAGAAAUAUCUUACUAGUACUUCAGAUAAUCUGGUGAACAUACAAAACAUUCCAGAGGAGGUUUUGAAUUCAGACUGCCCUUACCCAGAGCUGAAGGACUCCCUGAUCCAGGCCUUCCACUCCCUGUCAGAAAGGUACCAGAGCAGGCUGCAGAAUCUCCAAGAUCAACUGCAAACAACUGACAGGUUCUGUGGCUGGUGUGCAGAUGACCACCAACGCUUCCUGUUCACUUUGUCACAGUACACUCAUGACAUACCCAACCACAGGGCACUCUACAUGGACAUGCUGCAAAGACUCUUCCCCGAGAAAACUAGACAAGAGCUGAUGGAGCAUGAACGGGUGUGGGAUUGGCUGCGAUUCACCCAGGCACAGCUGAGAGUGGUGACCCAGCAAUGUCAGCGAGACCAGGAGGAGCUUCUGGCCAGAGCCCUGUUCACCCUGCAGGAGGCGAGACAUGCCCACCAGGAGGAGCUGGAGCUCCACAGAGGCCAUCAGCACCAGCAGGACAUCUGCUCACAUCUCAGGGAGAAGCUGCAGCAGUGGCGAGCCCAGCAGGAGGAGGUGGUGAUGCUGGAGGCAGCUAUAGCUUCUAGACAACAAGAGGAGGAGGAGGCGAGGCUAAAGAAAGAGCAGGAGAAGGAGGCCGCUGUCAGAACACAGCACAAAGAGAAAGUCAGGCAGUUUUAUUUACAGCAGCAGAAGAGGAGGGAGAUGCUGGAGGCGAGGGAUCAAGAGAGACUCGCUAAUCUGAGGAGCGUCAUGGAAGAACAGGCAAGGAGAGAUAAAGAGAGGGUGCAGUUUCGGGCCGAAAUGUUGCAGCAGCGAAGGGAGGAGAGAGAGGCACAGGAGCUUGAGCUGCUAAGAGAAGGAGAAGAGAAACAGAAUCGUCUGGAAGUUCUGAGAAACCAGGUUAGGGUGGUGGCAGAGGCGGACCCAGACAGGAUGAUGGCAGAUACAGAAGCUUGGAGGGUUCGACGCUUGGAUGUAAAGGAGUUUGAGCUCCAAAGGCCUCUCUAUAGCCUCAACACGUACACAGACAAACAGAUUGUGUCUGAUCCAAGAGUGCGGGUUGAGCAGGCUCUGCGGGAGGCGGGUCUGCACCACAGCCAGUAUGCCAAAGAGGUCCUGUCUGUUCUCACGCCCCCUAAACCACCAAGACGAGAUACCAAAUCCAUGCUCAAGUUCUGACCAGCGGCUUGUUUGGGGUCACAU